AUGGAUCGAUACCGAGUGGUGCCUGCAGAUGGUGAGCCUCAAGUCCUGGAGCUGGAGAAGGGCAUCUCGUUGGCCGAUGCUUAUGUCCAGUUGGCCUCUUUAGUGGGUGCGCCUCCGGACGGCAUCACGCUGCUGCUGCGCAACGCGCCCAGCUCUGCACUACCGGUGCUGAAGCUGCCGUCCUUCCAAGAGGCUGGGGAUUCGCCACUCUGGCAGCUGGCAGCACCUGGAUCGGUGCUCCUCGUGGAGUUCACUCCACACGCCGUUGUCUCCACCGUCGGGCAGCCUUCGGAGCCGCGGACGAAGCCCAAGAAGCCACGGAAGGAGAACCUUGCGUUGAAUGGCUUACGCAACCUGGGGAACACCUGCUACCUCAACAGUGCUCUCCAGUGCCUUUCGCAGACCCCGCUGCUGCGCCGGAACAUCUCCCAGUGCUCCGAGGGUGGCUCCACCUGUAGGGCAUUUGUGGAGACCUUGCAGCUGUUGGAAGAAGAGGAAGUUGUUGCGCCAGCGCACCUCAAGGCGUGUGUGGCUACGCACAACAAGAUCUUCGCAGGGAGUGGGCAGCAAGAUGCACAGGAGUUCCUGCAGACGCUGCUGGAAGCCUUGCACCAGGAGUUGUCGAAACCAACAGCGGAAGGUGCUGAAGGUCCAUCUGUCGUGACGGAGCUUUUCGACGGCCAACUGCGCUCCGAAGUUUGCUGCCCCUGUGGUGCCCGAGAAGUGUCUGAAGACCCCUUUUGGUCACUCCCACUUCCUUUGCCGAAGACGGAGGCCAAGCUCUUCGACCUCCUCGAAGCCUUUUGUUCCCCCGAAGCCCUGGAGGGCUGGAGCUGUUCCAAAUGCCAAGACGGCACUGGGACCACUCGACAAUUGCGCUUGCAGCGCUUACCCCAGGUACUCCAACUCCAUUUGAAGCGCUUUGAAUGGAGAACACCUGAGAAGCUCCAGAAGCAGUCUCGAACCAAGGAGCCAUCGCCUGCGGCAGCACCUGCGGCAGCGCCUGCGGCAACGCCAGCAGCGCCGGUGGCGCAAGCUGGAACGGUGCUGGUAGAGGACGAGAUCAAGGUGGAUCGACCAUUGGUCGCUGAUGACGAGACACCAUCAGACCAUGGGAGAAGCAUUGACCCUUUAGCACGCAUUGCUCAGCUACCAUGGGAGAAGCAAGAGGUGAUCUACGUUCUUUUGCUACGGGUGUUGCAACGGAUCCGUGACCAGCCACAGGAGCCCAAAUUCCGUGCUUUGCAGCGGUCCUCAGCGAAGCUGCAGGAGCUGCUCGAGGUGCGUGGAGGCGAAGAGCUCCUCCGGUGGUGUGGCUUCCAAGCACGGGAGUCCCGCUAUGAGGCCGACGGCGAGGGUGACUUCUUCGGCUCCCGCCAUGACGAGCUACAGGCCCACGCCAUGCGAGAGCGCGAUCGAGCUUACCGCAUCGCCAGAGAUCAGCGCAUCGAGGCAGAGAGACGGAAGGCCCUCCCGACGGGCGACACCGGCCCUCCUCUGCGCCGCUGGGGCGGCGUCUUGCCGGGCUUUGGUGCUGGAGCAAGGCGCUUGAUGAUGAGCGGCAUGGAGUGUUUAAAGAUCACCACUCGCAUCAUGUUGGAUGCGGCUCCCAUCAGCGAGCGGCCGCGGGGCCUAAAAGCACUGGACUUGCGCAGCCUCAUGCCAGACGCAGACGCCAGUGAUGUGCGAUAUGAGCUUAGUGCGGUGAUCCAGCACCUCGGAACCACGCCCUUCUCGGGCCACUAUGUGGCGUAUUGCUGGCAUCACGCGUCUCAGAACUGGUAUUGCUUUGAUGAUGCGAGGGUUCGGAAAGUGGAUUCAGCGGACUUAGCACGUGAAGCUUUAAACGAAGGAGCUUAUGUGCUUUUCCUGGAGCGAGUCCAGGCUUCGAGCGGAUGA